AUGGACACGAGAUUAUUUACAAGAUUCCCUUCAACUUAUCAUCUUAGGACUCUUUUUGAUGAAUAUAAUAUGAACGAAUCAGAAGUUUCUGAAGGAAGCGAGGCUGGAGAUAGUCGGGAAUAUCAAGAUGAAGACCGUCUUGAAAUGAUUGUUGAAGAUGAAAGUGAAUUUUUAGAAAACGAACUUUGUGACAGACUUUCGUUGAAUGAGAGCAGAAAAGUUACUGAAAAAAGUGAAAUUGACGUAAUGAAUAUAAACAGCAAUAGAAGCUCAUUGAACGGAGGUUCCGAAUGCAGCACAAAUCGAUCAAAACAUUCAAAGAAGAACAAAAGAAGAAGUUAUCGAAGAUGA